AUGACGGACACUAUCACAGAAAGUUGGUUGUAUUAUGUUUUUGUAGUCUUGAUGCUAAUACCUGUUUAUAUGCUGUUUAAACUUUUAAAGUUUUUCGGUUGGGAACUAUUUGUGAACAAUUAGCCAACAGCAUUAAGUAACAAAAGCAGCAUCAUCACAUGUGUUGUGCUGGCUCUUACAAAAACUCAAAAGGGGGGUAACAAAAAAACAUACCAAAUCCACAAAAAAAGUUUUCAUCAGCAACACAUAACAAAUAGGAAAGCAUAGCUCAAGGACUACUACACUAGCACUUUCAGGACAACAGUAUAAAAAAGCAAGGAGAAGAAAACAAAAACUCAGUGGAAUUUAUGAGUGGCAUAUAAAAAAGUUGUUGUAACUAGAAAACCCUUUUUACUUUUUGUAAACACAAAAAUUCGAUAACAAGGCUAAAAAGCAAAAACUAAAAAAAAGUGACAACCAAACUGACGGAAAGUUUUUUGGUAAAGGAACAAAUAAUACCACAACAAAGUCAUCGCCUUCAUCAUUAUUAAAAUAAUCACCAAAAAAUAUAACAACAACAACGACUACAGAAGCAAAUUCAGCAUCAAAAAAGCUGAAGCAGUGACAAGAGAGGAAAAAAAAGCACCUUGUUUUUAUUUUUGUUUGUUUGCCUUUAAGGAUCCCAUUACAAAUUAACAACAACUAGAAUAAAACCCUCAUAAAAGCAAAAGAGCAAGAGAAGCUGCUAUACUACUACAACAUCUUCUUUCUGCCAACAACAAAAUAAUGUAUUAUUUUUGUUAAUAAUAAUAUAUUUUUCUUCAACUAAAGUAUGAUAAAAUCAUCAUGGCACUAAUAGCAAAAUCCCCGUCAUCAUCACCACACUCAUCAUCAACAGCAAUGUUGUUAUUGUCGUCGUCGUCAUAGUCACUGGCUA